AUUCCACAUUUAGAUGCUUUCACAUUCUAGUCAUGGAAAGAAGAUUGUUCUUGUAUUUAUGAUGGAACAUCCAAUCGUCCCCCAUCCCAGGAUCUUCAUCCAAACUAUACACGCGUCUCUGCCAUGGGUGCUUUGGAUAACACGUACGUAUACCCCUUACGAGUACAUCACUUAUUGUCCAUAUUUAGAGCGCUCUCGAUUGGGGUUGUGGUCCCCGCAAUGCUCUACGGAGGCAUGCUCUCGUGCUGUUUUUCUCCCGCCAGAAGCUCACAAUCACAAACUCACUUGCAAUGUGUGCAGAACUGGGACUUACUACUUACUACUUUACCUGAUAUUCUUCGGAUUCGUUGGCGCUGCAUGUCAGAUUCUAUGCAUCAAGUUUUGAUUACGCCCGCAGGUGAGUGUGCUGUAUGUUUGCGGCCUAAACUCCAGAUGAAAGCCUAUGCAUGCUCCAUCACCGAUUUCGACAUCAUUAGUGACCUCGGACACGUGGAGUCCAGUUGUCGAAAUUCUGUUCAAUGGCUUCACAGCGCUCAUGAUCAUUCAAAGGGCUUUCUAAAUCGAUCCAUUCGUAUUGAAUAUUGAUCGCCCAUACAGCUUCUAUCGCUCCCCAUGCAUGUCUAUAUAUGUAUGUGUGGUUUCCGCCAGUGCACGGUCGCCGAUUCCACGCAGUAAGCAACGAGAGCAUGGUUGUAACUAUGUCCCUUGUCAUAUUGCCGAAUUUGUCAGUGACUUACGUUGCAAGAGCGUUAAUCACGUCCAAAAUAUCAGGCAGCUCGG